GUGAUACAGAGGCACGUGGAUCACGUGCGUUGCGCCGAGGUGGCUUCACCGGUGGAUCUCGUCCUCCCCAUUUCCCUUUGGCUUCUCGAAGGCGCAGAAAACUGUCGGAGAGACGAGAGAGAGAGAGAGGACGCCAACCAUUGCCAGUUGUUCUGAUUUUAUCUUCGAGAUAUUCAAAUCCUCCGUCUCUAGAGAAUUCCAGAUCAAGAGAAUCAGUGGUUUCGGUAUUUUUCCUGUGGUGGUGGUGGUGGGAAGGUGAGAAGAUAUGGCGCAGGAGGAGGAAGGAGCGGUGGUUGAGACGGGUGAGCAGAAUGAUUCCGCCGUGGCUGCCGUGACCGCAAGCUCCGAUAGCGUGAAGAAGAAGCGAAAGGGAUUCUUCUCGCGUAUAUGGAAUGGAAUAUUUAGGGUCAGGGGAGACGAUUUCGAGAAGAGACUUCAAUACAUUUCAAAGGAAGAAGCGACUGUUCUAUCCAGGAUGAAGCGCAGAUCGAUUACAUGGAGGAAACUCACUAGAAAUCUCAUCGCUUCCUCCGUGAUAUUUGAGAUAAUUGCAGUGGGUUAUGGGAUUGUGACAACCAGAACGGAAGAUUUGGAUUGGAAAAUGAGGAGUUUUCGGAUACUGCCAAUGUUUCUCUUACCUGCUGUGUCUGCUCUUGCUUAUUCUUCAAUCGUCAACUUCUCAAAGAUGUGUGAUCGGAGAGAUCAAAAGACCUUGGAAAACCUGCGAGCAGAAAGGUUGGCUAAAAUCAAUGAGCUUAAAGAAAGAACCAAUUAUUACACCACACAGCAACUUAUUCAGAGAUAUGACCCCGACCCAGCUGCAAAGGCAGCAGCUGCAACCGUCCUGGCAUCCAAAUUGGGUGCUGAUUCAGGCUUGAAAGUGUUCUUAGGAGAUGAACCCCAAGUCGAUCUAUCUUCGGGCAAGAGCAAUGACAUGGAACUCAACCAAUCACGAGGGCUGAGGAAUCGAAGACAACCAAACACAAGACCCCACAGUUCUGGGAGCGCUUCAGCACAUCAUUCCGAUGAUGAGUCUCACCAUUCGGGGACAAGCGAGAGAUUGCCAGGCACCGCAGAGCAAAACCAGCAGAUGUUGGUUGAGCAUUACAGUCCUCAGGGAUAUGCUGCUCACGAUGGCAGUUGGAUCUCACGCAUUGCUGCUCUACUCGUGGGAGAAGAUCCCACACAAUCAUUUGCACUCAUUUGUGGAAACUGCCAUAUGCACAACGGACUUGCGAGGAAAGAGGAUUUCGCGUACAUUACAUACUAUUGCCCUCACUGUAACGCUCUGAACAAACCGAAGCAUUCAGAGGAGAACCCACUGAUUCCUCCUGUUUCCGCUUCACUGCUCACAGACUCCCCGGCAUUGAUUGAGACCAGUGAAGUGGUUAAUAGCAGCAGCUCGACUAGUGAACGUGGGAAUAGCCCCAUCCCAGAAAUAAACGAGGAAACUGCGACUACUGAGACCAGGACACCGAGCUGAGGAAGAUCCAGUUAAGCUUAAGAAGAAGGGAUUUCGUUUGUUUGUGCUACAGAGAGGGAUUGUGUGCGUGUGUCUGUGGAUGCGAGUACUCUUUCAGGUAAAUUAUGUUAUGAAUUGCUAAUAUCUGAAGCUGCUUACAGUUUUGAUACCGGUCUGUUUCUAUACAAGACCAAAAAAUUGGUGGGUAAAUAUAUAUGAUUCUAAUGUCGUGAACGAUGAAUAUUUUACGUUUUUGCGGUUUUAGUUUUUUUGAAACUUCUCUUUACCUUUACAGAUAAUCUCUGUAUCAUAUCUUUUUUAUUUUAAUACUACACGCUGC